AUGAGAGAGCCAUCGAGUAACCAGAGUGAAAGAGAACAACGCUGUUGCAUCUCAAGCGAUGCCGAGGGGCGCAUCUGGACUUCAUUCCCUCCACUCUCCCACCCACUUUCGAUACGGCCUGUACCCGAAUCGUUUUACCACUUCGAUCGGUUCGACUCCGAAAACACCGGCACUGCCAUCGCACAGGUUGGUCGGGCCAUAUCUCCGGUGCCAUCUUCCCAGAAGGCCGAGAAUCUCGAAUGGCACGAAUGGGUUGGCCAGCCGAGCAGCCCCGUCAGUAGCCAUGUUGCCAUUGAAGGGAGUCGAACUUCCAUCGAGCAUAGAGUUAGCCCCGGUGUUAGCGAGGUUCCGCGACCCAAGCGAAAACCUCAAGACUCACCUCCAUCCUUGCCACCGUUAAAUGGGUUCACGGCGGAUCGAUCUACGGAUACCGUCGAGAGCCGAGGAGAAGAAAUACAGCCUGUCUCCACCUCUGGCCCCAGCCGGGAAAACAACAUGGUGGCUGGAAUCAAUAUUCGGGGGCAAGGUAGAGUUGUUACUUGCGUGGGGCAUGUCCUAAACCCUGCAUGCGUGUCCGACGAUAACUCAUCUUCUCAGUCUCCGCCUACUGCUCCGCAAGCCUGCAUAUCGGCGGGCGAAAUCAACUCCGAUGAGGCCUGGAAGACGUUCGUAUUCGGCGAUGAGAACAGUGACGAAAUCGGCAAGGCGGCGUUUGAGGAAGCCAAACACGACGCAGUGCGGAGUCUGCAACCAUCAAACACUCUUGUCUCACCUAGCAACAACUUCAAGUCGGACGAGGACAGCAACAUUGCAACGAUCGGCACUCUCCCUUUUUACACCCAAGACCGCCAGACGUCCGGUUCCGAUUCGAGAGAAGCCUACUCUUCAGCUGGAGCACCUUCAAGCCAAGAAGUCACAUAUGGCCCGUCGUUGGCCGAAACAGAACUAGAAGGACCACGAAACAACUCUGAUGUUUCUUUCCAACCCCCUAGCGUCGUGGUCAACGCGGGUACCAGCAGUCCGUCACAGAUCGACAUCACCAUCAAUACCUCAGAGAGCGACGAGUUUGGGUCCCCCGAACAGGCGGACAUCAGCGCUUCGGAGUCACAUGCCGCCGCCCCUUCGAUGGCAACCUCGGUGGCGGUUGCCCCGGCCCAUUCUAAAGUCUCCCCCAGUGAGACAAGCGACACAGCGGAGCAGUUUCGGUUCAGUCAACCCAAACUCUUCAUCGGUAGCCGUUUGAAUUUGCCGCAACCAGGACGCAUCGUAGAAUAUGGUGUUGGAUCCAUCAAUGUUACUAAGAGGAGGAGAGGUCGGCCGAAGAAGCGGGCCAACGAUGGCCGGGCUGAUAUCCGGGCUCUCCCCAACUACAGCAGCGAUCCCAUCGAAGAAUUCGAGGAGGAGAGGCGAGUGCGAAAGGAAGGUCGGGCACCUGAGUCGCUGUUCCCCGCGCUCGAGCUGACUUAG